GAGUGUCUCCCUUUUGCGGCCAGUUGCCGGCUAGCUGUUGAUCCGUACGGUUGUUCGUCCAACGUUCGCGGGUUGCUUCGGUUCAGUUCGGUCUGGUCUGUGUUGAUCUGUUCUUGUUCUUGAUUGGUGAGGGAGCCAGGAUAGGCACAGUUGGUUUGUAAUUUGCGUUCAUGCGGUUAUCUACGGAGACAGUGCAGUGUGAUUCUUGGAAGUUGGGUGAAUCCCGGUGCAAAGAAAUUCGGGUGUUGCUCCAGUUUCGGGAUUCCAAACAAUUAGGAGCGUCAGCUCAUCAUUUGUAACGCGGAAAGAAAGUGAGAAGCGCACAUAGAGUUGUGAAGAUGCGGGCGUUCAGCGUUGGCGCGUGCCGUUUGAUUUUCCCUUGAGGGCGCCCAUGUGUGGUAACUCGAGCGAGUGCCGCGGCAGUGAAUUGUUUACAGCGAGCCUAGUCCGGAGUCCAGCGUAGACUAAUAAUAGCAUCUGCAGCGCGUACGUCAGUGUCUAGGCAGGAGUGCAUUAUGGAUUGUGCUGUAUGUACUUCCGUGUGGAUUUUACGGUUGAACGAGUUCUCGUCGUUUGGUGAAAUCGUUUGAUGGCAAGUUCCACAAAUGUACGGAUCUGGCUAGCGGAGUGCAAGUUUGGGAUUUUGAAGAAAGAAGAACCGUGUGGGGAAAAUUACGACACAAAAAAGGGAAACCAGAACCGAGUGUCGGUGUUUCGAUGCGGUCAAGUGUUGCUCUGAACAAGGGAAGUGUAUUGUGUGUUUCGGUUGCGGUUAGCGAGAGUGAGAACCAAACAGCAGCCAAUUUAGGAAUAUCCUGUCGUUGUCGGUUGUGACCUACAGAAAACUCCCACGCUGAGCCCCACCCCGUUUAUCGUACGGAGAGUUCGUACAAGGCCUACCGUUAACUAAAGGGAGCGACAGUCGUCCCAGAUUGUGAAUUGUAAUAUCCAGCAACAUCAAAGAGUAUACAGUGUGUAUCGUGUGAGCCAUCUGAGGUCUGAAGUGUGUUGUUCCAGCACUUGUUCGUUGUGAGUUUGCUUUUGUGUUUAACACAAUCUCUCAUUACCCUAGUUCCGCGUUGUCCGCGAAAAAGAAGUACGGGGAGAAGCUGAAAGCGAACCGCCCAGCGUUGGGCAUUUCUCCUCAGCAGCGGCGGGUGUUCUAAUUCCCAAGGCCGAGGGAACCCUUUUCGCUUUCCGAUUCGAAUGCAGCUCCGGUAUCCGUGUCAAAACCCGGCGAAACAAUAGAGCAAUUGUCACAUUCACUGUCGCGUUUUUGGCGUGCCGCGGUUUUCUCCACUUAAUUUUAAGUGAUCUUAAUUCGGAGUUGAUGAGAAUCUCCCGCGAGUGCAUUUGAGGAAAUUCGCCGAAACAAUAGCCGGCUGCCAGUGAAACUGAAUUGGUUGGAAUCUUCGGCGGUGCAUCGCCAGGGUGUUAAUUUUGAGUGAAGGACCCCCUUCAUAAGUUUGAUUCAACAAUAGCGAGCGAGUGAAAAUCUCCAGCGAAGAAGAUCACUUCUCCCGCUGGAAUUCCCCACCUCGUCCAGGAAGGACCCGAACCUCGCGCUCACAUAAUUACCUGAAUGCUGCCGAAGGCCGCCGGGAGUUCACUAAUCACAACGACAAACAAUAACCGCCCCGCCGCCGAAGUCCUCUCCGGACGAUUCGCGUCCAGCCUGCUUCGCGUGUAAGAACAACUACCCUUCUGCACUUAACGGCGGGAUAAUUUAUCAACCCGCAAUCCGCGCGAGCUCCAAUCAAUCAAUCAAUCAAUCAUCCGACCAACCGACCGACCGAGACCCUGUUCAUCGUCAUCAGCGAAGUCGCGGUCGAUCGAUCCGAUCCGAUUGAUCCCCCGGACAAUGUGUGCGGCGAUCCUUCGCGCGUCUAGCAACAAGUGAAGAGGUGAUAAAUCAGCAAUAUCCAAGACGAGCUAGAGAGAAACUAGAAUCACGUACGCAGCAGCAGCGACGGCCGCUGUCUAGCACUCUAGCAGCAUCCAGCGCAGCAACACGAUGAUGGAUGGGACCGCACUACGCUACGGAGAGUUCUUCUGCGUUUGCACGAAAGCAAGUGGAAGCCCGCCAAGCUGCAUAAUUUGAUUUUCCCUAAGUUGUGUGAUCAUCAUUGUGUUUUGUGUUCGCAAGUGAAGAAUUGUUUGUUCGGAUAGAAGUAAAACCCUAUAUUUGGAAUUGCUCAGUGCAUGCAGCAGUGAGCUUACGGUUGAUUUCGCACGUUUGUGUCGUGUUAGGAAAGCAGAAAGGAGAUAGUGGGAAACGACUUCACAAUGUACUGCCUUUGCCGAUCAUCGAAGACCAUCGCGGUGCGGAUCGUACUGCUGGAUGAGACCGACUUCCUGCAUGAACUACAGGACGAUCUGCCCGGUCAAGCCUUGUUAGAUGUAGUAUUCGCAAGACUGAACCUGAUUGAGACUGCCUAUUUCGGAAUACGUUACAUAGAUCAGGAUAAUCAGACGCACUGGCUCGAUCCAGCAUCCCGACUGUCCCGGCAGCUGAAGGGGGGCAAGCAGCCCUUCGACCUGUAUUUCGGGGUGAAAUUUUACGCCUGCGAUCCGUGCAAGCUAGUGGAGGAAAUUACGAGGUAUCAACUGUAUCUGCAGGUCAAGCAGGACAUCCUCCAGGGCCGAUUGCCGGUAUCUUUUGAACUAGCUGCAGAACUGGGUGCUUACGUCGUGCAAGCUGAAUUGGGUGACUACGACCCCCGAAAACACCCUCCCGGUUACGUGUCCGAGUUCCGGCUGCUGAACAAUCAGACCAAGGAAAUCGAAAGCCGCAUCCAUGAGUUCCAUGUUCAACUCAAGGGGAUGUCGCCGUCGCAGGCGGAGUUCAACUAUCUCGAUAAAGUCAAGUGGCACGACAUGUACGGAGUGGAUUUGCAUCCGGUGUUGGGCGAAGAUAGCGUUGAGUACUUCCUCGGUCUAACUCCUGGAGGCAUUGUAGUGCUGCGAAACAAGACUACAGUUGCACAUUAUUAUUGGCCUCGGAUAGCUAAGGUCUACUUCAAAGGGCGUUAUUUUAUGUUACGAGUCUGUGAUAAGAAUAACGAAAUAAGCACGUACGGUUUCGAGACACCAAAAAAGAGCGCCUGCAAACAUCUGUGGAAGUGCUGCGUUGAACACCAUUCCUUUUUCCGACUGGUACGGACGGCACACAUGCAGGCAAACUCCGGCGCAGCGAGCUUAACUUCGCUAAGCUCCAAAUUCAGGUACAGCGGUCGAACCGAACGACAGCAGAUGAAAGAGGUUCUAUCCCAUCAACGAGCUCCACCGGCCUUCACAAGAACUCCCUCGCGAAGACAGCCACGGCGAAUCGUCGAUGAUCAUCCAGAAGAGAAGAUGUUCGAUGCACCGAAAUACAUUCAGCAGGAGAUCAAAACCGUAUCGAUACCUCAACCGGCUCAAACGUUUGACAGCCCUUAUCGUUCUACUUGCAGCAUACCAGCUGCAUUGAACACUAGUAGUAGUAGCAAAGGUCAUCCACAGCCACCAGAUUCGCCCAGGAGUACACGAAGUGCCCCGUGGAUGCGUUCUCAGCAGCGAGGUCUCUUCGGUAUUAACUCCAGCCCAAAAUCGGUGCGAUCGGCAUCCACACGGAUGAGUGCUCCGGUCAACAACAACCGGAUGCGAUCGAGUUCGGUGGAAAGUCACUCAUCUAAUGAGUCACGUUCCGGGCGUAGACGGCGUCAUCGUAGCCGCCGAGUUUCCGAUAACGAAAGCGAAAUGUCCCGUGGAUCUGGACGAUCCGGACGAUCGCAUAACUCCCACCGCAAACACCGCCGUCAUCGCUCGAAGAAUCGCCGCAACCGUUCUGAUACAGAAAGCCGCGAUCGCAGCUAUUCCAGCCAUCGACGAUCAACGGAGUCGAUCGAGUUGGUGGAUUCGGGCGAACAGUGGCUCGAAGUGCAACGAAAACAAGCUGAUAACGUUCACAAGGCAGCCGUCAUCAAGAGUAGUCAGGUCAUCAAGGGUUCUACACCAGACUCGGGUAUCGCGCAUCAUCACCGAAGUCGUCGGCAUCGAAAACAUCGUUCACCGUCGGAGAAGAUUUGGUCUAGCGAACUGACCAAGCACUUGCAGUUUGAUCUGGUAGACACGACCGGUAUGACGGAGGAUCAACUCAGGGAAAUCCCGUACACCGUGGUUGAGACGAACCAACACGCUUCCAAAAAACCCAGUGCCCUCAAGGUGCACAAAACUAGUCAUCACGAUCACCAGCGAAUCGAUCGGAUACGGGAGUACCCGAAGGAGAACGUGAAUGAUCAUAUGAGCGCAGUUAAUGGGUCCAUUCGGUCAGCGAGUACGAUCAGCUCGUCGCGAGAUUACGAUCGCAAUUCGGGGCUGAUCAGGAUGAUGUCAAGCAUGAGUAUGGGAGACUUUAUCUCUCCGACGGGAUCCAGCUUGAGUCCUUUGGAUAGUUCUGGGCUUCGCGUAAGUCAUGAGCACACAGAUUCUGGUCUUGGUGCAGAUCAGGACUACGCAUACUCUUCCGAAAGGUCCAGUGACAGUGCCAAAUAUGGCACCAACAAAUCCUCCGGAGCCUCGGUCACCUCAGCGCAUACCAAAUCGUCUUCGUCGAACAACAUGAAGAGCCAUCACCAUCCCGUGAGUAGUAGUGGUAGUUGUUGUACAACAACCGUAACAUCAACCACGAGGAAGCCGCCUCUCUGCCCAAGCCGGCAGCAGAAGGUUGCCAUUCCUGGUGUACAUAGCACUUCGACCUCAUCCAACAGUCGCUUGAUCAAUAACAGUAACACACACUUUCAAAACAAUCACUACACCUUUAGCCUAACACGAAACUACUCGUCGACCUCCGGUGGUGUUCCCGGUAGUCACGGUACCAACCAUCCGGGAGGUCGAAAUGCUUUCGGGUCUAGCACUAGCACUGGUUAUGGGUUGAACUCGUACGGUUACAUUGAUUCGGCCGCGACCCUGUCGUCGACUUCUCCGUACCACUACUACUACGAUGGAACCGGAUUCCGCAGCACCGUUGGUCAACCGCCGGGUUUCGGCGGUAAUCACAUAGCUCCUGGCGGUGGAGUCGGUUUGGACAGCUCUCGGCUCGGUUCCAUCAGGGGAACCAAGUCCGAUAUUGGAGUACCAAUCCGACCCAAGCAUUACCAUCGGCAACAGCAGCAACAGCAGUACAUAACGAAUAUCCAUAACUUCAAUCGCCACGGUAGUGGCAGCAGUAAACGAAUCAUGACUCCGUCCACCAAAACGGACUAUCUGGAAAAUUACAAGACUGGUGUCGAAAGACUUAGACAAAGUAGCAACUUCAUCAAUAAUAACAAUAACAAAAGUAGCCAUCAAAAUAGUCCAACGGAAGCUUUCAAAGGGUUGCUGAAUUCCUCCACGAGUGCACAGAACAUUGCCAACAAUAAUUACCAGCCACCGCUUCCGAUUACGAAUAGUUCCAGCAAUGGGAACUUCAAAACUUCGGCGUCCGCUGGUAAAGGCCCCUUGGUUUACAUGGACAAGAAUCAAAACAGUAGAAAUAGUCCUCUUAGCAGUCCUCUGAAUCAGGCAAAUCAGUCCUGUGGAGGAGGUGGCACAACGACGUCGGUCAGCAACGGCAUUGGCCCAGCUUGUGGAUCUCCGGUCAGUGAUAGUGCCAGCGGCGAUCCAAAGUACCACUUUGCCAAAAAGCCACUGCAAAAAGCGCCAAAUAGUGGUAGUAGUGAAGGUUGUGGUAGGGAAGGUACUCCUUCCAUCAACGGCGCUGGAAACGGUCUCGAUAUCGGUAGGAAAAAUUCCCUGAACAGUAAAAGCGACGGCAAAGGGACGACGACGGGAAUCCGGUCGUCCAGUUUAGAACUGAUACUAACACCUAUCAUUCAGAGUAGACGGGCACAGUAAUCGUUGGCGAAAUGAGCACCGAGCUGUAGAGAGGGCGCCCCAAUCGACAGAAAGUGUUGACAGACAGUGACAGUGCCCGUCUUCUAUGCGAUGUCAGGGUCCCAUCACCGCUACUCGGACUGCUGGGAUCUGGUGGAAUGUCAAAAUCUGAAAGAAAAAUCCGGUCCUGCAGCACCGCAUGGUAGCCAAGAGCAACGAAGCAGUUAUUUUUUAUACAUGCACUUAAACGUGUCACAUAGCCUACUCCCACUAUACCUUUAGAACGUAAGAAAAUCAGUUGAAGCCAGACGAAUGGAAACUGAUUCAAAGUGUUGUGUUUUACUAUUAAGUCGUUCUGAAAACAAAACCGACGUGUAUAUUUGCUGGGUUUAUCAACCGAAGAAAAAAAAAAAAGUGUAACAGAAACCAUUAAGUAGAUGUUUGAUGUUGAACGUUUCUUGCUAAACGCUUCUUUAGGUGUGUUUUAAGAAUAAAAAAAUGUAUACUUUUAAGAGAAUUUUAAAUGUGUAUUUCCAAUCUGAUGGAGCUCUUUUCCGCAGCACGUGUUUAUACUCCUCCCUUCUUGGUAUAAUUUAAUCGUUCAUACAACUGCAAUUGCGUACCAAAAACUAAAGUUUUAGCAAAAAUUACAACAUUUUUAUAUAGCAUCGUAUAAGUAAACAUACAAAUGAAUUAAUCGUCAGCGUUACUGCCUGAAACGUGUAUCGAAAUGACUGGAUAUAAGCACCUCUAUGUUCUUGAAUCUCUUUUUAAAAUGGAUCUGGCAUCCUGUAAGCCCACAUCGUGUCGAAGCAGAAAGCUCUCUUGGUGUUGAAACAAUCGGAAUAUUUUUGAAAACGUUUCUUUUCGCACUCUAAUGUCUUUGAAAUAAAGGAACGGCCCCGAUAUUUUGUAUAAAUGGAACAAUCUAAGACAUCUGAUUGGUUAACAAUUCAAAAACAUAAUGAAAUCAAAAUUGCUAUACAGAAACAAAAAUGGCCACGGAAAAUCAAAUUCUACUUCCAACCUCUGAACUGAAGGAACCGAGUGAAAAUUUAUGAAAAUAAAGCAUAACGUUUAUUUACGAA